CUCUUUCUCUCUCUCUCUCCCUCUCUCGUUCUCUCUCUCUUUCUCUCCUGUUGUUGGACUCACCUGCAGCUCUCCGGCUCCUCAGUGAAGGGAACUGACACAGUAUAAUUACUCUGUCUAUAGAUGUUGCAGUAGAGUCUCCUAAUGGACUGACCUGUACAUCAUGUACGUCAGCCUCUGUAAUAGCUUCAGCUUGUCUUAAGUGCAAAACCAUGGAGCCAAACUACUCCAUCAAGCUCUCUACACCACAAACAGAGUGAGCGCUGGAUAAACUUCCCUGACUCCACAUGACUGAAGGACAGACCCUGGACUUGGGAACAUUAAAAGAUGCUUGUGCAGACUUAGCUGACAAACAUCAGUGCUGACCUUCGGCCUCCAGACAAUGAGUCCCCAAUCCUGACUGGUGAAAGAUGGAGAAGCCUGCGUUUCUGCCUUGCGUUUGGUGAACCACACUGUAAACAAUGGAGGCAUCUGGAUUACCUCCGCCAGCACAGCAUAACGAAACUGAACUUAAUGAGACAUUGAGUCAUGGCCACCCUAUGCAUCUGGCUCCCAGCAUGCAGUUAGGGAGCAUGUCCAACCCGCAAUCACGUUUACGAGACAUGUCGGGCCUCGUGUUCAUGGUGACCCUUAAUGCAAUCGCGCUCUUGGCCAAUAGCGGAGUGCUUGCUGUAGUGGUGAAAGUGCCACAUCUCCGCAAGUUCAGUUUGGUGUGUCACCUCUGCAUCGUGGAUUUGCUAUGCGCCGCUCUGUUGAUGCCACUCGGCAUUGUCUGUGGCUCGCCCUUCUUCGCCGGCAUCAUCUUCUCUGUACUUGAAUGCAGGUUGUACAUUUUCCUCAAUGCCUUUCUCAUAUCUGCCUCUAUCUUUACGGUUACUGUGAUAAGCAUCGAACGCUACUUCUACAUCGUGCAUCCCAUGAGGUACGAGGCUAAAAUGACUCCUUGGUUAUCCGCAGCCGUGAUGGGAUUCGUCUGGGUGGUGUCUACUUUGCUAGGACUUGCUACCGUCUUUGGGUGGCCCAGUUAUGGAAGUAGGAGCUCCAUCGCCGCUACCCAUUGCUCUCUCCAUUGGAGCCACAGUGGACACCGAAGAGUAUUUGCGAUAUUAUUCUGCACUCUUUGCUUCUGUGUUCCUGCGGCUAUUAUUAUUGCCGUCUAUGCAAAUGUGUAUAAAGUUGCCCACACGGCUGCCCGGGAAAGAGGGCCCAUCCCGAGCUGGACGAUGGCGACCGCUCAUCCGAAGCGUCGGUCCGAUUCUGUCAACAGCCAGACAACGAUCAUCACAACAAGCACGAGCAUCCGCAGAAAUCAAGUCCCUCGCAGGAAAAGGAGACAAUUGGUUGGUGGGAAAGCGGCUCUCACUUUAGCCAUCAUUGUGGGUCAGUUUCUGCUCUGCUGGCUGCCUUACUUCGCCUUCCACCUGCAUUUGUCACUGGGAUUCUCCCAUAGUACCUCAGAAGAAGCUGAGGGACCGGUCACAUGGCUGGCAUAUUCAACGUUCGCAGUAAACCCGUUUUUUUACGGCCUGCUCAACCGUCAGAUCAGGGAGGAGUUGUGUAAGAUGCUCUGUUGUUGCCGAUCGGCCGGCAGACCAGUGCGGCCCUCAGCGUCGUGCCACGAACGUUCGGGACAUGAAGACUUUUUUCAUUACUUGCGCAGGAACGGCGACAGGGACGGAGUUCGAUGCAGUUAUCACAUGGCCACAUCGAGGAGCACACAGGAGCAGACUAGUUUUAGGAUACCAGGGCAAAUACCUGAAGAGAUCACCUAAACAAAACUAAAUAUUUAGACUAUUGAUUUUUGAGUCUAAAUCACUCUCUUUUUUGUGAUAGAGUUGCAUUUUUCUUAUAAAUUAUUGUCUAGCCUUUUUUUGCUUUGAUAUUAAAAUUCACUCUAUCUAUUUUCUAAAUGCAUUCUAUUGAUCUUAUCAUGAAUAAUUCAUUCAUGGCUCAACAGUGAGAGCAUUUCACUGGCAUUUGCAACUAAAAAUAGCUGUGUGCAAACUGUAAAAUGUAUUUAGGAACAUGUGUCAAUGAAUACGGGUCCUUUAAAAUAUUAUUAUACCAUUUUAAAGGGCAUUAAAUUUGGGGAUGGAAAAACAUGAAUCAUGAUGUAGCCUAAUAUGAUUAUUAAAGGCUAUGAUUUUUAUUAAAUAAGUGUUGCACAUGCAGAAUUGCAGUGCCUUUGCUCAGUCCAAAACAAAUUGCAGUCUAUGAAUGCCAUGCAAAACGUGCUCAUGAUUUACUGUUGACAGAUUGGCAAUGUUUACUUUAUGGGGUUUAUAUUGUAAUAUGUGCAUAGACAUUAAAAUAAGAUUCAGAGUUUAAAGUGGACCUAUACAUAUUGACAUAAUUAUUAUAACAGAUUGAAGUACAAAUAUUUAAAAAGCUAGUGUAA